UUGAUUUGGGAAUAAGUGUCAAGAAGAAUAAUGUGGCCUCUUCUUCCCCCAAGACAGUGGAGAUAAGAACUGUUCCAGAUGCCAAUGGAAAGAGUCUUGGCAAAGAGGCCAAACCCGAGGCACCAGCUGCUAAAUCUCGUUUUUUCUUGACACUCUCUCGGCCUGUACCAGGACGUACUGGAGACCAAGCCACGGAUUCAUCCACUGGAUCAGUGCGGCUUGAUGUCAGCUCCCAUACAGCUCCAGAAAACAAAGCCCCGAGUGAGAGCCUGGCGCCUCCUGGAGCAGCUGCACCAGAGCACGCUGCCAAUAAAACCCCAGUGCCCAGCCCAGCCCAAGACCAGGCCCUUGCUGCCAUUUGGGCCCCAGCGCCUCUCCCACCUGAGUCAGGAGAAGCAGUCCCCUCCAAGUCCAAGGACUCCAGCUUUUUUGAAAAAUUCUUCAAACUGGACAAGGGACGGGAAAAGGCACCAGUUGACAGUCCACAAGAAACCAAGAGUGCAGAACCUCAAGAGGAGGCCAAUGAGAUUCCUGGAGUCUCAGGGCAGCCUGAUGAUGUCCCCGCAGGGCAGGACAUAGUGGAAGACGAGGAAAAAGGACAAGAAAUCGGAACCUUGAGUUGCUCCGUCCCCAGGGACCCAGAAGUAGUGGAGACUGCAGAGGUGGGCUGCCAGACCACAGAUACAACAGAGAAUAACUCUAUCAUGAGUUUCUUCAAAACUCUGGUUUCUCCUAACAAAGCUGAGGCAAAAAAAGAUCCAGAAGAUGCGGCAUCCAAAGCAGAAAGUGUCUGUGAUGGACAAGCUGGUCAGAAGACAUCUGAGAUCCAGGCUAAAAGCACCAAGAAAAAGCACCUGGAGAGCCCCAGGCUAGGACUCGCCUUUAGAAAAUUCUUUAGGCAUAAGGGUGCUGAAAAGUCACCCGCUGCUUCAGCUGACCUAAAGUCAGACAAAGCCAACUUUGUACCCCAGGAGACCCAAGCUGCAGCCAAAAAUCCUAAAGGCUGCAACUCAUCAGGUCACGUGCAAUCUGUGACAUCCACUGAAACAGCAAAGGAAAGUGCCAAGGAGAAAUCGGGACCCACCUCUUCACCUCUAGGCAAACUGUUUUGGAAAAAGUCAGUUAAAGAGGAUUCAGUUCCCACAGGUGCAGAGGAGAAUGUGGUGUGUGAAUCACCAGUAGAGAUUAUAAAGCCCAAGGAAGUAGAAUCAACUUUACAAACAGUGGAUCUCAAUGAAGAAGAAGAUGCUGCACCUGAGCCUGCAGAAGUAAAGCCCAAAAGAGAAGAAAGCAAAGCACCGAGAACCUCCCUGCUGGUGUUUCUCAGACAAAUGUCAGUGAAAGGGAGUGGAGGGAGCACCCACUCGGAAGAAAUGAAUGGGAAGGACUCCAGCUACCAACCAUCGGACUCCACAGAGAAGGCCAUCACGCCACCAGAGCCGGAACUGGCAGGAGCAGCCCAGAAGGGCAAAGAUGGUGCCUCAAAGAACAAGAAGCCAGCAGCUGAGGUGAACAAGCAGAAGAGCAACAGGCAGGACGCCAAAGACCCAGCCCAGUGCGGUGAGCAGGCCAUGGUGCAUGGCAACUCACUGCAGAACGGGGACAAGACUCAGAAGAGACCCGAGAAGCGGCGGCAGUCCCUCGGGGGCUUCUUUAAGGGCCUGGGACCAAAGCGGAUGUUGGAUGCUCAAGUGCAAACAGACCCGGUGUCCAUCGGACCAGUUGGCAAAUCCAAGUAAACAAAUCACUACAGUUCUCACCAGGUCCUCCUGCCACCAAGAAGUUUUCUCCCUACUCCAUCUCCUCCCCAAACACACUCCAUGUAUAUAUAUAUUUUUCUUCUCUUACCAUCAAAUGAAAUUCUGCCUACAAAUUAAGCCUGAGCUGUUGUAUAUUGAGGUGUAUUAUUUAUGUCUCUGGUCCAGUCUUUCCUAGCAAAUUACUGUAAAGAUGGUUUAGCAGGUUAACUAGUGUUAGGUCAGAAGAGUUGAUGAUUGCCAAGCAGGGAAAGGAGCGGCUGGAGGAAUGCAUAGGGGUUAAGUUAUAAAAAAUGGCAGCAACAAGCAAGUUGCAGAAGGAAAACGCUUGCUGGAGGGAAUUAAGCUUUGUAGUAAAUACAAGCUCAUCCUCUAAGAUUAAAGCGGGAAAUGAAAAUCCAUUUGCUUAAGUUCCCACCUCAAGGAGAGAGUAUCCAGGCUCUGUGUUGGGAGGUUGCCAAUUUCCUGGAAUGGAAUGCGUGGGUAUGAAAACGGAAUGAAUAAGAGUCGUUUUUCAAAUUGGGGCCUUGAAAGUUAUUGAUGAGAGGGAAGAGACUGACUGGAGAGGGCUUUCAAUGAUUUAGGAAAACAAUUGCUUGUGAAGCUCAGUGAUGAGGGCCAUUACAACUUCAAAAAAAAAAAAAAAAAACCCACAAAACAACCAAAUAAAUGAAGUUGCAAGUUUAUCUUGCAACACAAGGGGGCGCCAAGGUCCCCAUUACUUUCCCCCAUCCUUUAUCCCUAACAAAGAUUUGGUCUCUGCAAUCUUACAUUAUUAAUAUUUCUCAGAUGGCUUAGGGGCUUGCUUCAUCUGUUCCGUCUGACACUUAUCUCAAGCCUGUCUGUAAUUUCCUAAUGUUCUCAGGAUGUGCUCUGAUAAAACCUUCCCCAUAACCUCAGUUAAUAAAAAUUUACAGAUUCUUCAGAUACCUGAGUUUUUUUUAAUACUUGUACAGAGAAGUAAAUAGGACCAAGUCUAUUAAAAUGUAAUUCAAAGUAGCUUAUGAUUGACUGAUAGUCCUGUAUAUUGUAUCUUUCUUUUUCUGAUUUAAUAAAAAAUACAUUUACUU